AUGGCGGAGCACGGCGGCUUUGGUGAAGCCGCAACUUCUGUAUCUCUUUCUGCACCUGCUCCCGGCAUGAGCCCGCCGCUGGGCUGGAAGGAGCGGCUGCGGGCCGGGCUGGCGGGGGCUGGGGCCUCGUUGUGGUUCGUGGCUGGGCUGGGGCUGCUUUACGCUCUGAGGGUCCCGCUGAGGCUGUGUGAGAACUUGGCAGCGGUGACAGUAUUUUUAAAUUCAUUGACACCCAAAUUCUAUGUGGCACUUUCAGGGACAUCUUCUUUGAUAUCAGGACUAAUAUUUAUAUUUGAAUGGUGGUACUUCCAUAAGCAUGGCACAUCUUUUAUUGAGCAAGUAUCUGUAAGCCAUUUGCGACCACUGAUGGGAAGAACAGAGAGCAGCAUUUCAGAACCAGGUUCUUCUUCCAGCAACGGAGAAAGUGAAACCAGCAGGCAGAAUUUGUCAGAUAUAAGCCUUCCAAAGUCAGCAGCUAUCUGUUACACGGCAGCACUGUUGAAGACAAGGACUGUUUCAGAUAAAUUCUCUCCAGAAACAGCCUCUAGAAGAGGGCUAAGCACAGCAGAAAUUAAUGCUGUGGAAGCAAUUCAUAGAGCUGUGGAAUUUAAUCCUCAUGUUCCAAAAUAUUUACUAGAGAUGAAAAGUUUAAUUUUGCCUCCAGAACACAUUCUGAAACGAGGUGAUAGUGAAGCAAUUGCUUAUGCUUUCUUUCAUCUUCAGCACUGGAAGCGAAUAGAAGGUGCUCUUAAUCUGUUACAGUGUACAUGGGAAGGCACUUUUAGAAUGAUUCCAUACCCAUUAGAGAAAGGACAUCUAUUUUACCCUUAUCCCAGCUGCACAGAGACUGCUGAUAGAGAGCUGUUACCUACCUUUCAUCAUGUUUCUGUUUACCCAAAGAAGGAGCUUCCUUUUUUCAUCCAUUUCACAGCAGGACUGUGUUCUUCUACAGCAAUGAUAGCCCUUCUCACACACCAGUUUCCUGAAAUCAUGGGUAUUUUUGCUAAAGCUGUGCUGGGUCUCUGGCACCCCCAACCCUGGGCAUCCUCAGGCUUCGAGGAGAGUACACAGGAUUUGAAGUCAGAAGACCUAGGUUUGAGUUCUGGCUGAGCCACUCACUGUCCAUGUGACCUUGGGCAAAUCACUAAACCACAUCUGUAACGUGACAGUAACCUCUACCUGAAAGGGUUGUUAUGAGGAUUACAUAUAUGCUAAAGCAUUUUGUAAAUGAAAAAGCUUUUUAUGACUGCUAUUGUUAUUCUUGGGGAAGCCCCACCUUGUCAAAUAGGACAACUGUAGAUGAAAUUGUCUUCCUUUUUUUCUUCAUUCAGCUUAGCCUUUCUGUUUGGCCAGGGCUGCUUAUGGGGCUGGUGAAAUUGAAGUAAAGUCACCAGAUUUUGGCUUUUUUGGUCAGAGAGAGAACUCCCAUGUCUGGCUGCUCUAUCCAUGAGAAAGUGUAAUUUUAAAACCAGAAUAUUUCAAAAAUAGGGGGCCAAAGGGAGAAUGCUUACUUUGCGUUCUUAAUCUAGGAUGACUAAAACAUCUUAAGUAAAUGAAGAAUAGCCACAAAGAUGCUCAGAGAUAAUUUAAGCCAUAAGUGGGAAAUGGGAAGAUGAGCUUAUAAACUCUCUUUUCUAUUCCUGUUACCUUUGGGGUCAUAUUACAGACAUACCACUAGCUAUUGCCUGAAACUUGCCCACCCAAAAAGAAUAAUAGCUUCUGGGAAGGCUCAGUUCAAUGGAGCAAAUGUGACGUAGUUACUCUAAUAAAGCCAUUACUUACUCUCUUCCAGUGCCUCUCUUAAGGAGAUCAUCCCUGGAAUUCAAAGCUAUCCUGUUUUUUAACCCAGUAAGAGUCAAAAACAACAGGUCAUGAGCAGCAAGCUUGGCAAUUAUAUCUCAUGUAGUCAUAGGAGACUGCCCCAGCAUUCACAGCAUACAGGGCGCACAUCUCACUGUCUACAGCAUGAACCAGCUUUGAGAAGUUGUACAGUCUCGGACACUCUGCUUAGAUGGUAAUUCUCCACCAUUGAUCUCUUCUCUCCAUGCCCUUUCUGCAUCCUUCCCCCACUAUCUCCCAAACCAAACAGUUGCCUGCAUGUUGCUGAUGUAACUUUGUGAUAUUCCUUGGUUAUAGCUGGACUCUGUUGGUAUGCUUUUUGAAGGACUGGAUUGAAAUCUAGUUGCUUUUUUUCUAAUUGUUGGGGAGAGGGGAAUGACUAGAACUCCUGUGCAGCCUGAGGGAAGCUAUGCGUGGGUCCAUAUACGUGCACCUCAUGUGUGUGUGUAACCUCAUGGGUGUGCUCAGGCUGACAAGGAAGGCAGAGAGUGAAAAGGAAGCAACUCUUUCUUGUUUUCCAACAUUGCUUCAAAGAUGCCCAACCCCCGUAGUAGCAGGCAGUUCCCAAGCGGAGGGUGGGGGCAGAGGCCUUCACCAAGGCCAUCAAUAACCAGGUGUGAGGUACAGGUCUCUGUGUAAUGUGAAGCUCUCCCGUAUUUCAUUUCUGCACCCAGGGGGCGGCUCUGCAGGAUUGCUUACGGAGAGCUCUGUGUCUGGCACCUCUCUCCAGAAGGCCCAGGCGCCCAGGGUCCCACCGACCUGCCCAGGAAUGCAUCACAUUGUUCUCUGGUGCUGUAAUUUGGCUGCAGGAGCUAGGCUGAAUGCCUCCCAGGGAUGAGAAACAUACUCUCCCUGGCGUCCUCCCUUCUCCCCAGCUAGCCUGGGCUUCUGCCCUACGACCACUGAGAGCAUUUAAAUAAAAACCUCAGAAAGGCCAAGG